CCCACUCGACUACAUGUCCACAUCUCCCGUCAUCCUCUCUGUGGAUACGUCUUACAUUGCAGUAGGGGCCACUCUAGCCCAGUGCGAUCCGGACAACUUGACGAGACGAUUCUAGGCAAGAUUUGGGUCAAUCACAUUGAACGAGCGGGAAGCGCGGUUCUCACAACCGAAACUGGAGCUUUACGGGCUCUUUCGCACCCUUCGUGCCUGGAAGAUCCAUCUGAUAGGACUGCGCAACCU